UACACUGUAUGGCUUGGGCUUUGUCGAGCUUCAUCAGUACAAUGCGUAACAGGGUGAUAAACUGACAUCUCCCAGCUGUGUUUUUACAGUAGAGCCCAAAGGCCGAAACAUUCGAGGAAUCGUUAAAAUUCUGACCCAAAAUUGGUCUAGUGUUGGAGUUCAGAGUUGAAGACAACCAGACUAGAAGCGAUCGGACUUUAUAUUCAUCAUGUUUCCAGGAAAGGGAAGACAUUACUUUAUGUUUGACGAUGGAAAACGCUUGUGAAUGAAUCGGAAGGAUUUUUGUCUGUUGGAAUUACACUAUAAGGGCUUUAUGGUUGAUUCUUGGGUUCAGAGAGCCUUUGUUUACAGGAUCAGAAAGAGGCCAGGAGUCAGUUCAUGUGAAUCGGAGAGGGGUGUCUGUCGUUGUUUAGAUGGUGAUUAGAAAGACAGGAAGGAUAGAUUGGGACUAAUAAGAAGAUCACGUUACUUAACCAUAAGCAGCGCACGUUACUUAACCCACUGAAACCAUGUCGCAUGUGACUGACUGGGAAGCGUCCGCGUCGAUAAUCGUAUAACCUGAGAGAGAAAGGCACGGACCCGCUGGGGUGACACAACCCCGCCACGGUGCCACCAUGGAUCUAUUUGAGUGCCCAAUCUGCCUGUUCCUCAUGUGUGAACCGGCCACCAUGUCCUGUGGUCACUCGUUCUGCCGGAGCUGCCUGGGGAACUACUUGCCAUCCAGGUGCCCAGCCUGCAAGGAAAGAUUUAAACAGAGAGACGCCAAAAAUAUCAAGAACAACAUCCUGAUAUUCAGUGUCAUUGAGAAGUGCUGCCCAGAAGAAACGAGGAUGAAAUGCCAUAUUCUGGAGAAACUCAAAACCAGCGAGUUCACAGAAGCUUUACGCAUCGCGGAUGAAGGGAUACGACUAGCCCCUGGUGAUGUGAGUCUGAAGGUGUGGAGAGCGGAGGCCAGUAUGGGACUGGGACUGUUCUCUGAUGCCCUGAGGGACCUUGAAGACCUUUGCUGCGUUCGCCCCAAGUGGACAGAGGGUUUAUUUCGUAAAGGUAAUGCGUUACUGGAGAUGGGUCGUCAGUCUGAAGCCCUGAUCCAGUUUCACCGCUGUCUCAAACUACAGGCCGACUUCACUCCUGCCAAGAGCCAGAUUAAAAAGAUCCUGGAGGCGGAAGGCAUGUCAGUUCCAGAGGAGGUGCCCCAGAUCCUCCAGGUGGUGUCGGAGUACCUCAGAGACCCCUGCCCCCCCAUCACAAGCCUCUUCCCCACUGGACCCACACAAAGCCACACACACAGCCACGCCGAAAGCCUCCGAUUCCCUCAGGAGGAGGGGGUCGACGGAGACAGGAGAGGAGACUCUGAGAACGGGUCAAAGGUGAAACAUGGGACCAGUACUGAGUGCUGUCUCAGUCUUUGUCAGGCCGUGUCCUUCCUCCCUACAGCCGAGGAUGAUGAGGAGAUGAUGAUGAGGAAGGAGGAGAGGCACAGCAGGGGAGGCUGCAGUCUGGACAGAAGAGACUCUCUGAGUGUCCUCACUGUGUCUGACUUUGAAUGUCCCCUCUGUAUCAGGCUGUUCUAUGAGCCAGUGACCACUCCCUGUGGACACACCUUCUGUAGGACCUGCCUCGAGAGAAGCCUCGACCACAACCUCCGCUGCCCCCUCUGCAAACAGCCACUACAGGAGUACUUUAAGAACAGGAAGUACAACCCCACAGUGCUGCUGCAGGAGAUCAUGUCCCGCCUCUUCCCCCUGCAGCUGGCUGAGAGGAAGCAGGUCCACGAGACUGAGAUGGCCGAACUCUCCAAUCUAACUAAGGACAUCCCUAUCUUUGUGUGUGCGGUGGCGUACCCUGGCGUGCCCUGUCCUCUCCACAUCUUCGAGCCUCGUUAUCGCCUCAUGAUGAGACGAUGCAUGGAGACGGGCACCAGGAAGUUUGGCAUGUGCAGCUACGAACAUGGAAAAGGAUUUGCAGACUACGGCUGUAUGCUGGAGAUUCAUAGCCUAGAGGUGUUGGCUGAUGGUCGCUCCUAUGUGGACUGUGUGGGUGGAAGUCGCUUCAGGGUCCUAAAGAGAGGGCAGAGAGAUGGAUACCACACUGCUGAUAUAGAAUACAUGGAGGACCACAAGGCUGAGGGGUCAGAGUUGGAGCUGUUGCAGAGCCUCCAUGACAGUGUGUAUGAGCAGGCCCAGGACUGGUACACACGCCUCAACACACGCCUCAGAGAACAGAUCAGCAGACAGUAUGGAACCAUGCCUGACAAGGACGACAACAUACAGGCCUCCAAUAACGGUCCAGCUUGGUGUUGGUGGUUGUUGUCAGUUCUCCAGCUGGACCCUGCCUACCAGACCACUGUGCUGUCUCUGCCCUCCCUCAAAGAUCGCCUGGGACACCUGCGCAUCGUUCUGGAGUACUUCUCCCAGAGCUAGAGAAGAGGAGGAGUAUGAAGGAGAUAGAGGGAUACAGUGAUACUUGGUUUCUGAUGCCAAUCCAGUACCCUACACAGAGGAGAAUCUCUACAGACCGGAUAAUAUGAACCAUACACAAUACAGAAAUACACACAAACACACAUCCACUAAUAUAUUACACACACACACACACACACACACACACACACACACACACACACACACACACACACACACACACACACACAAGCAGAAAGAGAUUAUUUUAUCACUUACAUAAAUACCAUAUUGAUUUGCUGGUGAAAGAGAGGAGUUUUUGUUUUUUGGAGAAAACUAACUCAAUAUACUUUCAAAUGACUAUAUACUAUGUUUUGACUGUCCAUAUACUAUGUCUUGACUGUCCAGCUCGCUAAUAAUUGCCUAAAUUAAAGCUAGACAGUCAGGGGCAGCGUAGCCUAGUGGUUAGAGCGUUGGACUAGUAACCGGAAGCUUGCAAGUUCACACUCCCGAGCUGACAAGGUACAAAUCUGUCGUUCUUCCCCUGAACAGGCAGUUAACCCACUGUUCCUAGGCCGUCAUUGAAAAUAAGAAUUUGUUCUUAACUGACUUGCCUAGUUAAAUAAAGGUAAAAUAAAUGUUUAAAAGGGAGUAUCGUAAAUUCCCAAAACGAUGGAUAGAGGACUUUCUCUUGCAAAUUUUAACGGUGAGGAAAUAAUCAAUAUUCAUUGCAGCUCUCUGUAACUCAUUGAAAACCAAAUGCAGCCCCCAGGGCAAAAUUAGUUUGACCCCCUGCAGUAGAGGGUUCAACUCAAUCUGUUCUUAUUCAUGCCAAAGGAUGUAAACCUGGUGUUAAUGUCUCAGACAACCACUAGGUGUCCCUGUUCUCACUCCUGUUUCCCUAUCAGCCAAGCAUAAAGAACACUGCCUUUCGUCAUGGCAACUGACCUGCACUCAUGAUGUAAUCAGCCAUGUCAUAAUCAGAUGAUCUGAUUAGUCUGACUCCUAUGGCUCUAAAGUGCUUGAUGAAAUGCUAUUAAAGGAGAGAUGAGAUGAUAGCGGGAUAGAGAGAGUGACGCAGAGAUCGCUCAGUCUUACAGAGCUGAAAACAACUUGAUUUCCUGGAUAAUGCACAGUAUGCUAUUAAAGAGUUUGGGUUAAUGUUAUGGAUAGUUCAGAAUAAUCAUGUCGUCUUUUUUUGGGGUUAAACCUUGGCAAGCUCCCAUAUUGUGACGAACACAAUGAGCAGCCAUUUGGUAUCUAACAAUCGGCCACUAAAUUAGGAUCAUCAAUUCUUUAUUUUAUUACUAGCACUAGUAUAAUUGCUAUUUCCGUUACUAUAUAUUUCCUGCAAUGAAGCAUCGUUACCAAUAUUGAAUAGGAUGUAAUAUUAGUGUGCUAUUGCAAUAAUGAUCUAUUAUGAAACAUCGAAACAGACAAAGGCACCUGCCUGGGUGAAAAUCGUAAUGUGAAUUAAAAGCUGCUAUUGGCUGACUUCUGUCUCUGUAGUGUUGAUGAAGAUGUAUUGAACAGGCCACAUCCCAAAUUGGCACCUUAUUCCCUUCAUAGUGCACUACAUUUGACCAGGGCCUCUAUAGGACUCUGGUGGAAAGUAGCGCACUAUAUAGGUAAUAGGGUGCUAUUUGGGAUGCAACCCCAGGUGUUAAAUAAGAGAGACGAGAUGGAGGUGGAAAGAGGAACUUUACAUACACCUUGGUCAAAUGCAUUUAAACUCAGUUUUUCACAAUUCCUGACAUUUAAUCAUUGUAAAAAUUCCCUGUUUUAGGUCAGUUAGGAUCACCAGUUUAUUUUAAGAAUGUGAAAUGUCAGAAUAAUAGUAGAGAGAAUAACUUAUUUCAGCUUUUAUUUAUUUCAUCACAUUCCCAGUGGGUCAGAAUUUUACAUACCCUCAAUUAAUAUUUGGUAGCAUUGCCUUUAAAUUGUUUAACUUGUGCCAAAUGUUUCGGAUAGCCUUCCACAAGCUUCCCAAAAUAAGUUGGGUGAAUUCUGGCCCAUUCCUCCUGACAGAGCUGGUGUAACUGAGUCAGGUUUGUAGGCCUCCUUGCUCGCACAUGCUUUUUCAGUUCUGCCCACAAAUGUUCUACGGGAUUGAGGUCAGGGUUUUGUGAUGGCCACUCCAAUACCUUGACUUUGUUGUUCUUAAGCCAUUUUGCCACAACUUUGAAAAUAUACUUGCGGUCGUUGUCCAUUUGGAAGACCCAUUUGCAACCAAGCAAUAUAUCCACAUAAUUGUCCUACCUCAUGAUGCCAUCUAUUUUGUGAAGUGCACCAGUACCUCCUGCAGCAAAGCACCCCCAAAACAUGAUGCUGCCACCCCCUGUGCUUCACAGUUGGGAUGGGGUUCUUCGGCUUGCAAGCCACCCCCCUUUUUCCUCCAAACAUAACGAUGGUCAUUAUGGCCAAACAGUUCUAUUUUUGUUUCACCAGACCAGAGGACAUUUCUCCAAAAAGUAUGAUCUUUGUCCCCAUGUGCAGUUGCAAACCAUUGUCCAUUGUCCAUUGGCCAUUUAUGGCGGUUUUGGAGCAGUGGCUUCUUCCUCGCUGAGCGGUAAUUCAGAUUAUGUCGAUAUAGGACUCGUUUUACUAUGGAUAUUGGAUAUAGAUACUUUCGUACCUGUUUCCUCUAGCAUAUCCACAAGGUCCUUUGCUGUUCUGGGAUUGAUUUGCACUUUUCGCACCAAAGUACGUUCAUCUCUAGGAGACAGAACGUGUCUCCUUCCUGAGCAGUAUGACAACUGCGUGGUCCCAUGGUGUUUAUACUUGCGUACUAUUGUUUGUACAGAUGAACGUGGUACCUUCAGGCGUUUUGAAAUUGCUCCCAAGGAUGAACCAGACUUGUGGAGGUCAACAAAAACAAUUCUGAGGUAUUGGCUGAUUUCUUUUGAUUUUCCCAUGAUGUCAAGCAAAGAGGCACUGAGUUUGAAGGUAGGCCUUGAAAUACAUCCACAGGUACACCUCCAAUUGACUGAAAUGAUGUCAAUUAGCCUAUCAGAAGCUUCUAAAGCCAUAACAUCAUACAAGCUGUUUAAAGGCACAGUGAACUUAGUGUAUAUGAACUUCUGACCCAGUGGAAUUGUGAUACAGUGAAUUUUAAGUGAAAUAAUCUCUCUAAACAAUAUUGGAAAAAGUACUUGUGUCAUGCACAAAGUAGACGUCCUAACCGACUUGCCAAAACUAUAGUUGGUUAACAAGAAAUUUGUGGAGUGGUUGAAAAACAAGUUUUUAUGACUCCAACCUAAAGCGUAUGUAAACUUCUGACUUCAACUGUAUGUGUUUAGUACACGUGUCCACAGGCAUAUGUAUGUACUGUAUGUAAACAGUCUUUAGAUAGCAGUCCUCUCUCUGACAUCACAAACAAGUUGAUGCUUUGUUGGGCAGUAGACACUACUCCCCCAGUACUCGCUCCCUCUCCUUAUGUGUGUGUGAUUGUGUGGGCAGAGACAGGUGUGCUGGAGUCAGAGCAAAUCCCCACCAGCUGCAACCUGUUCCAUAAUCAAGACCUCUACAAAUACUCAGCCCUGCCACUUCCACGCUGCUAGAUCGUAGUCUCUGCUCAGUCAGUCUACAGUUCUAGCCGUUUGUUACUAUUCAGAUCCUGUUAUGCCUGUUUUCCUUGCCUGACGCUGUUUUCCUUUCCGCUACAGUUCUGCCUGCUCUGACUCUGGUCCCUGUCUCCAUUCCCACGUCUCGUAAUCCUGCUACUCUGUCCUGGAUUCCCCACUCUACUACUCCCUUGGAUUCCCCUGAGGCUCCAGCCUCAACCUCCGCACCUGGUUUCCAGCUACCCGCCCGAGCCUGACUUGCACUCCAUCUCCCCCUGUGUUUCAAUAAAUACCUUGGUUACCUCAUCCCCGUCUCCUCGUUUGAGUCUGCUCUUGGGUUCCACUCCGCGUAACAGGCAUUCAGGCCAAAUAGUUCAAUCUUGAUUUCAUCAGACCAGAGAAUCUUGUUUCUCAUGGUCUGAGAGUCUUCAGGUAAAUUGUGGCAAACUCCAAGCGUGCUGUCAUGUUCCUUUUACUGAGGAGUGGCUUCUUUCUGGUCACUACCAUAAAGGCCUGAUUGGUGGAAUGCUGCAGAAAUGGUUGUCCUUCUGGAAGCUUCUCCCAUCUCCACAGACUAACUCUAGAACUCUGCCAGAGUGACCAUCGGCUUCUUGGUCAUCUCCCUGACCAAGACCCGUCUCCCCCGAUUUCUCAGUUUGCCUGGGCGGCCAGCUCUAGGAAGAGUCUUGGUGGUUCCAAACUUCUUCCAUUUAAGAAUGAUGGAGGCCACUGUGUUCUUGGGGACAUUCAAUGCUGCAGAAAUGUUUUGGUACCCUUCCCCUUCCCCAGAUCUGUGCCUCGACACAUACCUGUCUUGGAACUCGGACAAUUCCUUCGAACUCAUGGCUUGCUUUUUGCUCUGACAUGCGCUGUCAACUGUGGGACCUUUCUAUAGACAGGUGUGUGCCUUUCCAAAUCAUGUCCAAUCAAUUUAAUUUACCACAGGUGGACACCAAUCAAGUUGUAGAAACAUCUCAAGGAUGAUCAAUGGAAACAGGAUGUACCUGAGCUCAAUUUCGAGUCUCAUAGCAAAGGGUCUGAAUAUUUAUGUAAAUAAUGUAUUUCUGUUUUUUAUUUGUAAUACAUUUGAAAAAACUUUAAAAACGUGUUUUUGCUUUGUCAUUAUGGGGUAUUGUGUGCAGAUUGAGGAUGUGUUUAAAAAACAAACAUUUUUAGAAUAAGGCUGUAACAUAACAAAAUGUGGAAAAGUCAAGGUGUCUAAAUAUUUCCGAAUGUACUGUACAGAUCACUACCCACACAGAACCUUAGAGCCAACAGGUUCUGACCUACACACCAGCUUUCUGAAAACAUGCAAUACAGCAACGUCCAUGAGGUCCAAUGUAGGCCUAGAACCCACCCAAAUGUGCAUAUUUGACUGGAUUACUACAGAUCAGUGGCUGUCAGACAUGGAAACAAAAAUAACUUGAGUUCCGAUCAUAAAAACAUUGAUCACUUUACACUUCGGCCAUCUUGAAUUCCCCUAACUGAUUCAACAAGAAGAGACUUUGAUCAGGAACCCAUCUUGAAUUCCCCUAACUGAUUCAACAAGAAGAGACUUUGAUCAGGAACCCAUCUUGAAUUCCCCUAACUGAUUCAACAAGAAGAGACUUUGAUCAGGAACCCAUCUUGAAUUCCACUAACUGAUUCAACAAGAAGAGACUUUGAUCUGGAACCGUUAAUAGUCUACGUUGUUUAUCCUCAUAGUUGAUUAUGACUUCCUGUUCGCUAUCUGUUCUCAUGUAUCAGGGCUUUAUUCAGGAACCAGACUUUACUGUCAACAAUUGAGUGUAAAUUGAUUACAGUUGACUCCUUAUUGGAGAGGUCGGCCUCUAUUUUUCACAGUACAAUAGAUAUGCAUGUUCAGUUUCUUCUGAUCCCUUUUAAUUUAAUAUUUAACGUUCAGUGGUGUAUGUGCACACAGACAGGUGUUUUGGCUUCUGUUCCACACUACGUUGCUUCAUGCUAAGUAGCUAGCACAUUAGUGUGGAUAUUGGAUCAGAACCAAUGAUUAUUUGAGAGUGCAUAUGGACACUGUAGUCAUCACCAGAGAUUUCAGAGGUUUGUGUUUCUUCUCUGGCCAGUGUAGUUCUUUAUCUAAUGUGAUAUAUAGACAUUAAAUGGUAGAGAAAGGUAUUGGCCAUGGAAGCCAUUCUAGCCUGCUAGACCACUGUCUAAACAGUUGAUGUUGAUAACCCACUGCUCUGUUGUGUACAAGCCCCCUGGCAACCGAUGAUGAAUCAUCAUAAAAUACCUGAAUGAUUUAUUUGCUUCCAUUAUCCCUGGAUGAUGACUUUUCAAAUGUUAAUAUUAUAAAUAAAGUUAUUCAAAAUGAA